UGGGGAAAGAUCAAUAUGAUGACGGCCCGCUGCCAAACUAAAAUGGCGAAGAGUGGAAACGUACAAAGAUCAUGUAGCGAGUAAUGUCGGGCAUUGUACGAUGAACUCUUGUUUAUUUAGAUCGUCAAAAUAUCUCUCGGCGGAGAACCGCCAGGGGAAAGUCCAGGUUACUGGCCUUGGGGAUGAUCAAACACUCGGAAAUCUCCGUAACGCCUCGAUAUUUGCAUGCACAGAACCCCGACAUGUGCACUUUUCUUUUCUGUGCUGGUUCUCUUCCGCUUCAGACGUCGCGAGGCAAUUUCGCCAACAUCAUCUAACGAGGUCUAAAGAAGAUGAUGGUGUCGUUGCAGCUGGGGUAGGGCAGCUCGGACAUUUCACGACCUCCAACCAACGAAGGCCCGUGAGCCUGGCUCACCAUGUCUUGAAAUGGGCAGGGACGCGAAUGAAUGCCACCAACAAAAGUGCUCGCGUGAACCGAGCAGAACUGAUAGCCAAAAGCUGCAUCAGAAGGCGAUUAAGUCGGGCCGGCAAGCAAAAGUGUUCGCCCGUCGAAUCGGCGAAGCAGCGAGGGUAGAACAGCGGCAGAUGCACAUUCCUGUGGCUCCAAAACCACAUGUUCUUUAUGAACCGAGAUCCCGCUGCCGUAUUGACGGUGUCAAAUCUUAGGCUUCUCAGU